AUGGACCGUAGUGUGGCUUUGGUGUACGCGGAUGAUACAAAAUCAACAAAUCGCCACGUGAAAGGAGUUUUAUUUGAAAUUGAUGCUAACCCUGAACUUUUCGGUAUUCAACCAUUUGCUAAUAUUUCUUCCAUCAGUCAAUUUGAAGAUGAAGCGGAAGUGUUAUUUGCGCCGGGAUCAAUCUUUCGAAUUGUUCAUAUUUUUUCUGAUCAUAGCAUGUGGAUCAUUCGAAUGGUAUUAUGUGGCGAUAAUGAUCAUGAUUUAACACCCAUAUUGAAUCAUAUGAAAAAAGAGUAUACAGAUAAUGCAGAAACUCAUGUUGGUUCAUUGGGUUGUAUACUGGUUAAAAUGGGGAAAUUUGAUCAAGCUAAAAGAUAUUUAGUUCGUUGUUUUGAAGAAUUACCUCCCAAUCAUUAUAAUACUGGUGUUUGCCACCAUUAUCUAGGUAUAAUAGCUUCUGAAAAAGGCGAUUAUGAUUCUAAUCUUGAAUGUUACAAUAAAUCAUUGAAGAUCAAAAGACUUUAUCUAGCGGCUGACCAUCCUAGUAUUGCAAUGACUUACAAUUGUCUUGGAAGUAUUUACUUAGCCAAAGGUGAAUACACCCAGGCGAUUGUCUCAUACAAUAAGUCAUUGAGAAUUUUUAAAAGAAAACAUGGCAUCAAUCAUAUUAAUAUAGCGGAAUGUUUUAGUAAUAUUGGUUGUGUCUAUUUCAAGCAGAAAAAAUAUUUCGAAGCACAAGAUUAUUACCGAAACGCAUUAACCAUUCAGCAACAACAGCUUCCUUCGAAUCAUUAUCAUAUUGGCGAAUCGUAUGUCAAUCUUGCUGGUAUCUCUUGGAUUUUCGGUGAACUCGAGUCCGCAUUGAAAUAUUACAAAAACGCACUUGAUAUAUUCCAGAAAUCCCUUCCUGAUCUUCAUCUACGUCUGGCAUUGGUAUACCACGGUAUGGGCGCAGUUUAUGUGAAAAAAAAGCAAUUUCAAGAAGCACUAUCAAAUUUUGAAAGAGCGGCCGAUAUUUGGCGUCAUAUAUUACCUUCCAAUCAUCCUCAUUCGAUUAAAGUCACGCGAAACAUUCAGUAUUGUCGUCAUAAACUUAAUCAAUAA